CCAGGGUUUUGCAGAUUCUCCCGCCCUAGUAAUCUGUUGAUUACGCUUUGUCACAGUGCCAUGUUGCCACGGGAAUAAGUGGCAAAUGGUGUAGUAGAAACGUGGCAAUAGUGUACGAUAUGCCAAGCGAGACGAGACAGCCGUAUGGCAACAUGAGCACCUGCCGCCCUGCCACCGCUCCCUGGGCGGCAGGGCUUACUGGAACACUACCUCCAUAUGCCAAUGAUGCCAUGACGGGAGUGAGGACCAUUAAAUGAGCUGAGCAGAGCCAUAGCAAGGUGCAGGAAAGAAAGGGAGUGGAGGGUGCGGCGCGGCAGCGUGGUGGCGCGGGGCUGCCGCAGUCCCUCCGCCGCAGCGAGGUUCAGUAGGGUGAGCGCCGCCGAACAGAGGAGAGGUCUUUAGAAUGCGUUAUGUCGGCCCACGCCGCUAAUUCGCGGCUGGCCAAUAGCUUUUCCGUGUUAAGUCUCACUACUAGCCGGUCUCCGCCUAUAGAGACCGGCGGUGUAGCGGAGACAAGUGCCUACAGUGCCAGGCGAGGAGAUGGGGUGCACGUAGCCAGUCCACGCGACCCCGCCACCACCACCACCACCAACCCGGCGGUGGCGGCAGCACCAGGCGGCGGCAACAGGCCCAGCGGCACCGCGCCCUGCACCUCCUCGCCCCCCACCAGUGCCAAAAGUGUCGGUGGAGUGAGUGCCAGUGAAUACACAGUGAGUAAAGGCCAUGGGAACAGUGCCGCGGGUCACCAUGGCAGUGGGGGUCGGGAAGGGGGUGACGGGGGGCGAGGAGGGCAUGGCCUGGGCGCUUCCCCCGCCACCAGCAGGAGGGGCGAAGGUGGCAGGCAAAGCAGGAUGGACGCCACCUCCUUCAGGCUGAGGCUCAGGAAGGGAGGCGGAGAGGGCGUCACCAAGAAGGGUCCUAUGGUGGCCAAGCAUCCCUCCACCUCCCCGUCCUCCACCUCCAUCACCACCACGACCACCACCACCACCACCACUCCGUCCUCCACCCCCGCCUCCGCCGCCGCCACCACUGCCACCACCACCACCACCACCGCCGCCUUCUCCACCUCCACGACCAUCGGCGGAAAAGAAGUGAGGUCCCCAGUGGGCCCAGGACCCCCCGGGCUGGGCAGUCAUCGGCGGCGGCCAGGCUCUCCCGAUCCUCGAGCACACGCCAGGACCCGAGCCGCUCACCGAGACUCCCCAAGGAACUCCCCAAAGACCUCCCCGCGCUCCUCUCCCAAGUCCUCACCAGUGAGGCAGCUUCACCGAGAGCGGUCGGUCAGCCCACGACGGUAUGUGCCGCGGGGCGGGGGCGUGGGCGGGCGUGGCCCCGGCACGCGGGUCACGCCCUCGCCGCCCAACAAGCGCGCCACGCCGCCCACCUCCCCGCGGGUGAGGCGGCAGCGGUCCCCCUCCAGUGGGGCGCCGCGCAGGAACCCUUCGCCAAAGCUCAGUGAGGCUGGCGGCGCCAAGACACGGCAGAAGCGUGGUGUGUCCCCUGGUGCUGCCUCCGUCCCUGCUCCUGCCCCCGCCCCCGCCCCCCUCCGCUCUCCUUCCACGCCCCCAGGCUCCCUCACCCCCGCCUCUCGCAGGCCCCCCUCGCCCACCUCCACCAUCGCCGCUGCCGCCGCCGUGGUGGCUGCCGCCGCCAAUAACCUGAGUGGCGCGGCGCGGCCUCCCUCCCCCGGGGCGCGGACCCCUGCUUCCUCCACCACUAGCAGCAACCAGCGGCCUCCUUCUCCGGGAUCGCGCCGCCCCCCGUCACCGCGGGGCACGUCUCCCCGGGGGCGCGGCACGUCGCCAGGGUCCCGCGGCCCGCCCAUCAGUGAGGAGGCACUGAGGGCCAGGGUGCGGCGUGCCCUCAACGCGCGGCUGUACCUGCUGCACCAGCCUGGCCCCAACUCCUUCACGGUGGGCGGCGACUCACCCACACACAAGUACAAAGUCAUCAUUGGACCCCAGACCUGCUCCUGUGGCCACGGUCCCUACUGUGUGCACGUCAUGUUUGUGAUGGUGCGUGUGCUGCAGGUAGGAGAGGCUAACCCUGUGCUGCUGGCGGGCACUCUCAAGGACUAUGAGAUUGAGCAGUUGAUGGGAGCCUACCAGGAGAGGAGAAAGAAAGCAGCGAUGUCACGAGAGAGACGACAGGGAGGGGGCAGUGGGGGUGUUGGAGGGGGUGUGGCAGGGGGCAGUGGUGGGGGGCGGCACAGUCCCUCCAACACCCCCACUGGAACCCCCUCCCCUCACGCUGAUUCCUCUGGCGGAGAGGAAGAGUCACAGUGCCCAAUCUGCCUGAUGUGCAUGGUGGAGGGAGAGAGCCUGGUAGCAUGUGAGGCCGGCUGCAGGAACCAGCUCCACCACCACUGCAUGGCCGUUUGGGCUGCCGACCGCCACGCACAGGGCCAGCCUCUCCUGUGUCCCCUGUGCCGCCCCUGGCCCCUCAAGCAUCACCCACGCCUGGCUCCUGCCCCACCUACAGCCAUGCGCCCUCCCCCCACUACCUCAGCCCCUGCCGCCCCCACGCAGGACUUUGCCUCCGUCAUGAGCGCCAGUUUCUCCGGGGAGGUGUCGGCAGCAGCGAUGGUGAGCGCCUCGCAAGAAGCUGUACCGCUGCCACGCAGUGAACCCAUCCCAGAGGAACACGAAUCCACAGCAGCCAACUGGGUGCAUGUUUUUGGCAAGGAGCUUGUGGCCUGCCUCUUCUCCCGGGACUGGGUCGUCAGGGAGACUGGACUGCGCAGGCUAGCACACGAGGUGGUGAAGGUGCUGCACUGGGAUCGGCUGGUCACAGGGGAGGAGAAGCGGCAGCUGGUGAUCCAUUGCUGUGCCAACAUCCUGGGCCAGGUGGCCAAUGACCCAGUGUACAAGGUGUACCUGGCCUGCUUGACCUGCCUGCGGGUCCUCCUGGCCCACCUCAGCCCAUGCUCCAGCACCCAGGUAGGUGAGCUGCAGGAGCUGCUGCGGCCGCUGGUGUACACACUGCUGCUCAAGUGUGCUGACGGCAACCGCCGCACCUCCCAGAUCAGCGUGGACUCCAUCCUAGAACUGUCCCGCGGCCAGGAGGGUGAGCUGGCCCUGGCUACCCAGACAGCCUGUCCCACGCCGGGCCUGGGGGGCAUCUCCUUUGUGCUGUCCUGCAUCCUGGACGACACGCCACCAUCUGAGGCGCCGUGGCAGUGGUUGCUGGGCCGCCUGUGUGUGUUGGACCGCCUGCUAGACAAGUUCCCCUCUGAGUUCCAGCUGCAGUACAUGCCGCUGCAGGCUGGCGUGGAGAGUGGUUACAAGCUGGAGCACUACGACCGCCUAGUGACGGUGGUGGAGUUUGCCUUCAAGGCACUGGGCAGCAGCCACGCCACUGUCAGCAAGCUGGCACGCCGUGUCUAUAUCUGCGGCGCACGCUUUGCUGCAGCUGAACCAGCAGUGUUCCACCAGGUCUGUGACAUGCUCACCAAGCUGGACGUGUCGCUGCAGGCCAGGCUCAAGCGGCGCCUGCAGUCCAUGCAGGGCCAGCACGGUGACCGCAAACUGUCUGCGGCACGCCUGGAGGGCAAACUGAGUCUUGGCACCUGGGACUUGGCAGACGGUGCUGGGCCACGCCUGGUGCGCUCCGUGUCCCACUCCCCCUCUAGGAUGCUCUCUGCCCUGCGCUCCUCCUCCCAGUCUCCAGCACGCCAGCCACUACUCUCCACCUCGGCCAAGAAGGAGGGUGCCAAGGUGCCGCCUGGUCCCACCCCCUCCCCGCCGCGGCCCACACACCUGCCACUGGACUGCUUUGAGGUUAACUUCAAGAAAAAGCAGGCCAAGCUGCGGCUGUGCCAGAAGAUGAAGAAACACGACGUCCCCUUCAUGGUGCACAAUGUGCUGGUGUCCCCCAUGCAGCAGCAGCAGCACCAGCGCCUCAGCUCCGCCAAGAUGGCCGGCGUGCUACACAAGAGUGGCCUGUCCCAGAGCCAGGGGGAUGCUCUGGACAUGUCCCCACAGACCCCCAUUGCCUCUGUGGUGCCACCAAAGUUCUCCUUCAAGGACGUGGUGAGCACCCCCACCACUCCAAAGGGCUGGUGGGGCUGUACCCCCAUCAGGGAGACACAGGCCAGCCAGUCUUCCUGGGCGCCCUAUGAGACACCCCUGCCAGUUAUCCCGGGCCUGGAGCUCCUGCCGCCCCACCUCGACGAGUCGCUACACCCUCAGGAACAGAAUGUGGAGGGUGGACAGUACGAGGAGGGACGGGACUGGAUACUGGGGCCAAAGUUGGGCACAGGGGCGUUCUCCUCCUGCUACCAGGCAAGGGACAUACGCACGGGCACCCUCAUGGCUGUCAAGCAGGUGUCCUUCUGUCGCAAUGAUGAGGAGGAGCAGGAGCGAGUGGAGGCUUCCAUAGAACAGGAGAUCCUAAUCAUGUCCCGCCUGCGUCACUGCAACAUUGUGAGGCUGCUGGGGGCAUCACGACACUCCACCUCCUUCUCUGUUUUCACUGAGUGGAUGGCUGGCGGGUCUGUGGCCAUGAUGCUGGACAAGUAUGGCAUCUUCUCAGAAGAGGUGAUUCUCAAGUACACUCGGCAAGUGCUGGAAGGCCUGGCUUACCUUCACGAUAACAAGAUACUGCACCGAGACCUCAAGGGUGCAAACCUUCUGAUAGACAGCACAGGCCAGUGGCUGAGGAUUGCCGAUUUUGGGACGGCCGCCCGCAUGGCCAGCAAGUCCACGGUGACAGGAGAGUUCCAGGGGCAGCUGCGGGGCACCAUUGCCUUCAUGGCCCCGGAGGUGCUGCGUGGGGAGGACUAUGGCCGCUCCUGUGACAUGUGGAGUGUUGGCUGCUGUGUCAUUGAGAUGGCCACCACUAAGCCACCCUGGGAGGCCGACUACGUCUCCAAUGAGCUGAAGCUUAUGUACAAGAUUGCCAGCAGCAACGGGCCACCCCCCGUGCCAGAGACGUUGUCAGCUGUUACCCGGGACCUGGCAUUGCGGUGCCUGGAGAUCAAGAGUGAGAACAGACCACCGGCCAAGGAAUUGAUCCACCACCAGUGUUUCAAGACACAGCCACCCUGACCCCCACCCUCCCCUCACACCAAACACUUCCCUUCAGGAACAUUCACAAAUAACUAAAUUAAAUCUGCCAUAAAUUCUCUUUAUUGGCAUUUUCAAAAUUUCAACUGGUUUAAUCUCUGCAACAAAUGGUUAAUUUCUGAAGUUGUGACUAGAUGGUCUGAGUGGGCGUGAAGGAAGCACCAGCCAGUGUGGCAGCCACUACCCUUCACGGGAACAUCGCAGCAAAAGUGCCUCCAGCUGUCAUUGGCAGAUUCAUUAAAUUAGUUCAUAGCAUAAUGCUUGAGGAACCAAUGCUGUUUUCUACAUUUUACCUCUUGUCUUAAAAGCCAAUAGUACAAAUCUUGACUAGGUUACUACCAGCAUCUUGGAUUUUUCUUUAUUUAUCGAGGGAGUUCCUCUCAAGUUUAGGUGUUCAGGAGUGAGCUGGCAUUGCAAGCACAGUGUUUUGUUAGGGAUACCCAGCUCCCAGUGUGUAGCAAGGCUGUGCACGUCGGCGUGGGUGACAGACAGCCACCUUCAGGGACACACAACACUCACAACUUAACCAUUUUGGUGGAGAGAGCCUCACAACACCUGAGGCCAACUUAUUUUAUUUAGUGUGAGGGAGAGGUCCUUCUGUCAUGCACCACCACCAAUACUGCCAGCCUCCUCUGUGUGUGUACCUCAAGCACACUUGGUGGCCAAAAUGUAGCCAGUGGUGAUGUGUUGGGUGUGGGCAUGCAAAUGUUGCUGUGUGUGGUGACAUCACCUGUUCCACCAGCAUUCCCAUUCUAGACCUCACAAACUCCUUAUUGUCUCCACCUCUCAUGUCCCUGGCAGGAGCAGCAUCCCUGCAGUGCUGCCCUGGGAUGCAGGGGCUGCAGCAGGGCAGUGUGUGCUGCUCCAGUCAGGGCUGAUGGGACCUGUUAUCUGAUGUCUGUUGUUGUACCAGAAAUUCCAUUGCAUUUGUAAUGCUCUACAAAGGGACUACAGAUCUCAGUGUAAUUUAGGGGACCAACCUGCUCUUUACUAUUUAUGUAUUUUAUUUAAAUUAUUUGUAUUGUGUUAUUUCUUAACGUUCCUUGUAUAAAUUGCUCUGUCCCCAGCUUCUAUCCACAUUAUACUUCCUGUGUUCAUAGGAGCCCUGUUUCUCCUCACCCGACAAUAGGGUGUUGGCGUGGGUCCUUACCCUGCGGGACGCCGACACCCAUCUCAGCCAAUCCCCUGCCAGGGAACAUUGGCUGAGAGGGGUCUGGGGACCUCUGCUGCCCUGCCACCUCACAGGAGUUUUGCAGUGAUGAGCACCAAGUUCAAAAGUUUUUUGUUGUCAUUUUUUUUUUUGACUGUCAAAGCCAAAUUUCCCUGUUUGUAAGGGAAAACAAAACCUAGAAACUUUUAUUUAUUUAUUUAUACUUUUUUCUCCUGGUGAGCCAGUGAACAUUUGCAUAACUCUGACCCUGUUCUUGUAGUCUUAAGAGUUGAAUGAGACUGUCACCAGGACUGCCCAGCCCAGGUGGCCUCUACCCUGAAGGUUGCAGGUCACUGGCUAGAGUCACAACUUCCAAAAAAUAAUGUCAGCAAAAACCAUGUAAAGAAAAAAAAUGGAAUCGCUACCCCAAACUGUGCAGUGUUUUGGUGACAGUCCUCUUUGACAUUCGAAUUUAGGGAGAAAAAAAAAAGAUUAAGUACUUAGUAUCAGUCGGGACUGAAACAAACCUGUUUUGAGGAGAGUUCUUCACUAAUACAACUAUAGAGAAUUUGUUUACUGAUUGUUAGGGCAACAACCAACCCACAGAAGAAGUGCCGAACAAUACACGAUGAACAAAAUUUAAUGGGGAAAUGAUUCUCAGUAUGGGAAAGGAAAAUGUUGAGCAGUGGGGCUCUGUAUGUGUGUGUGUGUGUGUGUGUGUGUGUGUGUGUGUGUGUGUGUGUGUGUGUGUGUGUGUGUGUGUGUGUGUUUACCUUCUUGUAAUAUCCUUUCCAUAUCUACAUUUAUCCAUUAUUUCCUUUCAAUAAUAAUUUUUUAAGUGUUGCAAAAUCAGUGUAUUUCUUGGCAUUAUUUGUAUAUCUAGUCUUUGUCUUCCACAGUUUAUUCUUGUUCCCUCAAUUUGUGACUGGAUCAGAUGUUCGAGAGAGAUUUUUGUUGUUUAGUUUGGAUAUGAAGUGUAAUGCAAGUCAAGGUGUUAUUGUGAAAUGAAUGCAGUUAGUGUGCAGGGCCCCACUUUCACUCACUUAUCCAAGUGGCCAAUAUGAAUGAGAUUUGGAAUCAAACAAAAUAAGUGUUGGGGAAGGAGAGAGGGCUGGUAGUGGCAGGGGUGGUGGUGAUGAUGAUGGUGACUACUGGUGUGCCUUUAUGUCUUCCUUUACCCACACAACUCAUCCCUCGAGUGCCUUGGUGACACAUUAUGAGUACAACUGUAAAGGCAAUGCUCUUACUUCCCCAUCAGUGAGGGAGGAAGUGUGGGUAUGGCCUGUAUCCAAUGACUGCCUCACUGCCACGCCUGCCUGCCUCUUCCCCACCACGUCCCCCACCAGCGUUCUUCGUGGUGCCAAACUGUACAGAGCACAUUUCUUAGUUUAAGCUAUUUUUCUACAGUUCACUGUUUGCAUUUCUUUAAUGAAAUCCUCUUUUUUAUUUAUUUUUAUUCAUGUCCGGGACCAAGUUUUUAAGAGAACUUUUUAAUGUUUGAUAAUUUUUUUGUAGUUGACUUUUUGGUAGACUAAAAUAAAAUUGGAAAAUUUU